CAAGCAGUUCCCCAACUACUAGUCUACAGCUCCGGGAGCCAUCUGACCGCCGUGGUCGGCAUAGUCCUCGCGAACUAUGCGUUUGGCGUCGUUUUCUGGGCGUUUCUCGCUGCGUACCGAGCCAUUGUCGUCAAGGAGGGGCCAUCGGGAGACAUCUUCCUCAAGCUGGCCAAGCAGUAUUUUGACUAGGACCUGAUUGCGCUUGACGUCUUUGGCCGUCAGAUCUUCGUCGCGAAACCGGGCCUGCUGGCCGACCUGCUCGUCCACAACUGCUACGACUUCGCCAAGCCCAGGCGGAUCAGCGCGUUCCUGCGGCGGAUUCUCGGCGAUGGCCUCAUCAUUGUCGAGGAAGACCAGCACAAGUUCCUCCGCAAGAACACCAUGCCCGCGUUCCACGUCCGGCACAUCAAGGACCUGUACCCCAUGAUCUGGAACAAGGCUGGCAUCCUGGCCCGGGCGUUGGCGCGCGGGAAGACAACCACGCCCGCCUGGAGUGCGACAUCUCUAUCCACGAGCUGCACGCACCAGCGACGUCGCCAUACACGGCCCUGGUGGUGGGGGCAACGGUGAUGGUGAUGG